AUGCGGAGGGUACGAUUUUGCUCAUGCUAUUCCGAGAUCCAAACCCUCGCAGCUCAUGGUCUUCUGCCGACAUCCUCAUCCUCAAUCCGAAAAAGAAACGGCAUCACCGCAUUCACUUUUCGCACGAUCGAAUUUCUUGACACUUACUGGGGGGUUGAUCCUUAUGGCGUCUAUGGCAUGUCCGAAGCGCUCAUUCUCUUCUGGUCCUCGGAAUUAGCUCCAGAUGAUCCUUUGAACAAGGUGGGCUUUGGAACACGCUGGAAGCAUCUCUCAAGGCUGAACAUAAUUUCGAAUACUUUGCAGAGUCCAACCGUUCGCCAGCAUCUCCAAGCCGCGAUGGAUGAAUUCCGAUUCAUGCAACAGCUGCAAACAGAUAUGACUGCCGGGCUUCUCAGCCUCUCCCCGCGAGAGCGCCUAGCCGAUGUCUGCCCGGCAUGUUUUGGGCCUCGGAAUGACGAAGCUGGCAAGAGCGGAGAUGAUCUGGAUGUCAUCAUUGCUCUCGACGGCAAUUUUCAGCAUCGACGAUUCGCGCGGGCGAGCGCUAAUCCUCUCAAGUCCCGACCAGCGGUAUUUCUGGCACCAGACAAGAUUCGAAACGAGCAAGCUGUCAUCGAUGAAUCAAAUCAAACGGGCGGAAAGGUAUCUUAGCGCUGCUGAUUCCUGAGUGACAAUCGCGAUGGCCCUGGAUGUCCAUGGCAGCUAAGCAGGCUAUCCUUGUCUCUGUACAGGAUGAAUGUACGAGUAACUGGAAGGCUGCAGACGGUGGCGUGGCCGCCGGUUCGUCUAAUGCAGUGGCCGACACAGGCCUUGUAGCUGCCGUAUGCCGUCAUGAUCACUGCUUGCGACUUUGCAACCUCUAUCAAUCAGGUGAAAAGUAUGUUUUGAUCGAUCGCCUAGACGCUCGGGCCAGGAGACUAAUGCGCAUAAUUUGUUCUCCACAGACUAGUGUAUCCCGUGUCGUUGUUGAAGUGGAUUAUCGAAGAAGUGGAGGUCGGAGAAACAAAUCGUCCCGAGGGGUCCGCGCACGCCAGAGUUGGCUCAAAUGUCGAAGUCAGCCCCGACUCGGGCUCCCACUGCAGCUCGAUUCACGCACUCAGUCGCGUCGGGGUCGCGUAUGACAUUGCCUGCAACUUAUUGUCGCACCUACGGCGUGUGAGUCUGUGAUGAAGAUAGUCAUGACCAAAACUCGAUGGACUGCUGAGCAGCGCAUCUGGUCUGGCAAGCGCAGCGCGAUCUUUUAGCAGACCACCUUCCGCGCCUCGCAUUUGCUCUCUCCUCGCUGCACGCCUACGCACACCAGUGGUCUUGCCAGGUUGAAUUUGAUCCGCGCUUUCUACCUAUCUUCGGCCUGACUGAUGGAGAGGGAACUGAGCGCUUAUGGUCGCAGCUCCGAGGCCUGAUACCCAUGAAUCGAUCAUCAAGUGCCUCCCAUAGGCAGGAGAAUAUCAGUCGCCGCGUAUCUGCAUAUAACAAGCAGCAUCUAGCCGAUCUUGGUAGGGCUGCGUUACCAUGCUUGCAUGCACUACGUUACCACAUCGCUAACAUCAGGAUCGAUCAUGCACAGUGACCAAACUCAAAUCGAAAUUUGAAAAUGCGACCCAGCUCCUAGCCCAAGCAAACAGAGACAUUGCUGAGGUUGUUGGCCGCUCUGAAUGGACCGUCGCUACCCUGCUUGAGCAAUGGGAAGCGCAACGUGCCGCGUCCAAGAAUUUCCCGCUGAAAGAGCAUCGCAAGGAAGCAGCCGAGAUGCGCAACAUCCUGUUCAAAAUUGAGGUUGUCAACAGGGACAUUGGAGUGUGCCGGUAAGUUUGAGCUAUCGCGACCGUCCUCACGUAUCGGUGAUUCUGACACCGAUUUUGGCUCUGGCCUCGAUUGUCCGUUUGCUACAGAGAAUCACUAGCCUGCGCAAAUGUCACAGACACCGAGGAGCUGAUACAGCAGUCGACUAGACUUCAACAACUCGUCAAACAGCGACAGGGUCUCGAUCAUCGACUUAACUCGCUACGUACAUCGGAAAUGAAGCUCAGUGUCCUGGAACCUGGUAUGUUGUCCCCUUGUUCUCUCCCCUCCCCUUUUCGACACAAUUCAUCAUGGUCCUACCUGGAUCCGGAUACGUCCUCGUCUGAUUGCACAGAUUACGAAUGUGUCUGCUCUUUGAUGAUCGCAUCCCGCUCGCUGUGGGAUUUGGUCGUACAGUACCGAAAGGGAGCCGAUAGGCUGAGGCUCCCGCGACAAGGCGGUAAAGCCCUCGGUAAGGCAAAUCGUGGCACACGUUGCGCCUCCGAGAGGAAUGCUGACAUGUCAGUAACAUCUGCGCAUAGGUACAAAAGCGGCCGGCCUACUGGUGAAAAAUCUGAACUCGCUGCGCCCAAAGCUUAUGAAGGCUGUGGCGAUGUACAAUAAUGAGGCGAAGAAGUAUGCUGGUCUCCUCGCCGAUUCCCAACGUUUCCAUCCAAUCUUGAGUACUCGAAGCGCACCGCCAUCAGCUCCAGAGGAUCUCAAUUAA